CGCCGGCUGGAGUUUUGACAGCAAGAAGAACCAGCCCGAAUCUAAAAGGAAGGCGGGGUUAAAGAAAAAACAAGGAAUUUCCUGGUGAGCUACGACAACGCAGGAAGAUGAACGUGGGCGUAGCUCACAGCGAGGUGAACCCCAACACGAGGGUGAUGAACAGUAGAGGAAUCUGGCUCACCUAUCUGCUGCUGACUGUGGUGUUGCACAUAGUGCUGCUGAGCAUCCCCUUCUUCACCGUGCCGCUUGUCUGGACCCUCACCAACGUCAUCCACAACCUGGUGAUGUACCUGUUUCUGCACACCGUGAAGGGCACCCCCUUUGAGACACCGGACCAAGGCAAAGCUCGUCUGCUUACACACUGGGAACAGAUGGACUACGGUGUCCAGUUCACAUCUUCUCGCAAAUUCCUCACCAUCUCACCAAUUGUUUUGUAUAUUCUUGCCAGUUUCUACACAAAGUACGACCCCACACAUUUCCUGAUCAACACAAGCUCCCUCCUAAGUGUCGUCCUUCCAAAGUUGCCUCAAUUUCACGGCGUACGGAUAUUCGGGAUCAACAAGUACUGACAGAAGUGUCGAACCACUGGAUUUUAACCACAAGACACUGGACUUGUAGUUUUCUGUUUCUGAUGGACUUUUUAUGUUUAGAGGUUGAGGAGAAGGGGACCAGAUUGUUUUUUUUUUCCUUUUCUGUACGGACUGUGUGGAGUAACAUGGGAAAGAUGCAGUCUGUGCUGCUUGUUGCAGUCAGGAAAAGUAAAUGCACUGCUGCUGUUUCAUGAGUCAUUUUUGUCAGCACUGAAGUUACUGAUUUAUAUUUUCCCCAGCUUUCAGAUGCAUGUUUGUGUCUUAUUUUCUUUUAAAAAAUCAUCAGCCUCUGUCGAAGUUCUUCUGUGACAAACUGCACUGGCUGCAGGUCUGCAAAACUGUCCUUUUGUUGCCUUAUGUGGAUAAAUUCAUUGUGGCAGCACGUUAGUUUUUCCGUUACUUGUACAGGUUUUUUUGAACGUGUUUUUCUCUUAUUUUACUAAAAUACUAAAGAUUUCCAUACAGCAUGCAUUUACACGCCAACAGUGCACAAUGCAGUCUUUGUUUUGCUAUGAUACACACGAUUCUUUCAUGUUAUUUACUGAUUGCUAUGAAGCUGGAUUUCUUUUCCUGCUUAUAAAAUGAGCAGAAGGACCUACAUGUGUAAGUGGUUGUCUUAUCUUUAUUGCACAACCUGCAAAAUUCUUGCAGCGAGGUUUGUGAGAUUCAUUUGUUGCAAUGAGGGCCAGGUUGUCAGUUGUGGGGAACUCCAGGCCCUUUGCAUGAAGCCCGUUUAUAGGAGCUGUCAGUGUUUGAAAUGUGCUCGUAAAUCCAAGGGAUUCCCCCACACUUCUUCCUGCAAUUGCAGCGAGGUUUUCCUGUUUUGUAGCAUUUCUCUGGGAAUGUGAAACAUGCAAAGUGUUUGGUUGAUCAGCUGUUUUACACGCAUCCGUGUGAUCAAGCGUAAACAUUUGAAAACCAGUUAUCAGGGUUGUUCCCUGGCCUCAAGGGCUGCAUGUAAAUCACAGUAAUAUAAAGAAGACUGCAUUGGGAUGUCGAGGACAGCUGGCUAAAUGUUAUCAGAUAUGGCUCAGUGGGGGAGAACCGAAAGACGACAUCCUUUUUCUCCAACAUAUACUGUAGAGUAACAGAUACAGAAGAGCACUAUCUCACUUCAAACAGCAAGCCCCAAGUUCUGCUUCCACUUUUAAUAAAACAUGAACUCCGUAAAACUUGCAGAAAGGUGUUUUAAAACUGACGCUAUGACUCAGUUAUGUAGCGCCAAGAAACGCAUAUGACAGUUGUCAUUUGUAUUUCAAGAUCACUGACGAAAGAUUUUACUCGUAAUGCUCACAUUGAAUGAUUCAUUCCUCGAUAUGCAGAUUCAACGUUUGAGCGGUUGGCCGUCACAGUGAAGUGCAGCCACUUGUAUGUGUAGUUUAGUUCAGCCAUCUGUGGUGGAAAUUCCACAGAUCAUUUUUAUCUUCUUCCUAAUGGCCAUUUUUCUUCAAACAGGCUAAUGCUUUAUGGUCUGUUUUUCAACUUCUAAAUAAACUGUUGGGUAGCCUCAUCUCUA